AUGGUAGAACUUUUGGAGGGUGUUCCGGACAUCGCUAGGGCCAUGUUCAAGGGAGACCAAACUAAAUUCUGGGAAGAUAUGGCCGAGCAUCUUAAUGCUCUUGGACCGCCGAUUAGAUCGGGCGCAACGUGGAAACGGGUAUGGUUCGACUAUAAGUGCGCGGUAAAAAAGAAGCUGCGUGCAAAUAAAGCGUCGUUGUUGGCGACAGGUGGCGGCAAAUUCCAAGAGAAACCGCUAAACGACGUAGAAGAGAGAGUAGCCAACCUUACCAAUCUCAAUGCAACUGUAGAAGGCAACUCGGCCCGUUCAUUUGGCAUAAUACCAGCCCCCAGCAUCGACCAAGCCUUCGAUAACAGUAGCGAGCAACAACAAACGAACACCGAGGAACAACCCGAGGAGCAGAUCGCGACAGUGCCCCAAGCUAAAAAAAGACGCAUCAAGCGUAAAAAUACGGAAUAA